GCUGCGGCUGUACCGGGGCGGCGGAAGGCGAGAGCCCCGGGCCGCCAAGGGCCGCGCUGCCCUGCGCGGAGCCGCCCGCGGCGCCGCCUCCCGCCGCUGGCAGGCGGCGGCGGGAGUGAAGGUCGGCGGCGGGGCCGGGCGCUGCCGCGGGGGCGGGCGCUGCCGGCGGAGCGGCCGCGGCGCUGCUGGGCACCUGCCGCCGGCGGAGCGGAGCGGAGCGGAGCGGGGCGGGCGGGCGCGGCCAUGGCGCGGUGCCCCCGCUGCGCCGCCGCGCUGCUGCCGCUGCUGCUGCCGCUGCUGCUGGCGGCCCUGGCGCGCCGCGCCGCCGCCGGCUGCGCCGCCCUCCGCCUCUGCUGCGCGGGCCGCGACCUGGGCUGCCGCAGCGCCGGGUGGCGGCCCGACGGCUCCCACGGCCCCUGCUACUGCGACCAGGCGUGCGCGCACACCCUCGACUGCUGCCACGACUACGCGCAGGCCUGCCCAGUUAUCUCCUGUGUCGUGUCGCAGUGGAGCGUGUGGAGUGGCUGCGCAGAGCCUUGCAAGACAACGUAUCGCGCUCGGAGGCGGCACGUCAUUCAGGAGCCCAGGAACGGCGGGGAGCCGUGCCCCGCUCUGGAGGAGAGGGCGGGCUGCGUGGAGUACUGGAGUCAGCACGGAGCUGAGUGCAAGCAGUCGCUGAUCCCAGCAUUAAUAACAACAGGAGGGUUUGGAAAAGCGAGGAAAAAAAGAGCUGCAGCUGAUGGCAACGAAAGAGCAGGGUACUGCGUUGAAUUCCAGCUCGCGGCCAUCACACCAGGCUGCUUGCACGGUCACCGCUCGUACACCCACUGGAUGCGGUACCUCCGGGAGGGCCACACGGUCUGCGUGGAGUGUCAGCACCCGGCGCUGGAUUCCAGGAGUCUGCAUUGCUAUGGGGACGGCAGCGGGAGCAAAAAGAAUCAGCUGCUGCACUGGCAGGCUGUGGGGAACCCUCAGUGCAGGGGAACCUGGAAGAGAAUUCGCCAGCUGGACACUUGCUCCUGUCCCUCUGUUCACAGCUUCUUGUUCAUCUAAAUUCUCCUGAUGGUCCCAGCAAAAGAGUGGGGUGACGGCUUGUCUGGCACAAACGUGCCGUAGCGGUACUGACCACAACCAAAUCGGUGACUCCUCAGGGUCAAAGGCUGUGCCGUGUGCUUCCAAGAGGUUGCUGUCUGCCCUGGGGCAUUCCGAAUCCUCUCUGUCAUGGGUCCUCCUCAGUUUUCAGAGAAAUCAGGCUGGCUCUGAAGCAUCCAUCUCUUUCUCUCAGCACAUCCAUCCUUGCUGCUUUCUGCCUGGGAGAGGACUUUCUGACCCUGAUGACUUCUUUCACAUUCCCCUUUUCUUGAGAGGAGCAAGAAUUCACCAAAUAGGAAAGCAGACAGAAAAAAGCCAAUAUAAACCCAUGAUUAAUUAUUAUUUACCAAAGUCUCGCUGAAUAAUCAACAAUGCAAAAUGAAUUAACUCAAGUGCCUCCUUUACAUGGCAAUAGCACUUCUUUGUGACUGCUUCUUGCUUGUGUUUAUAUAUCUUUUCCUUGUGUUUUCACCCUCCCUGGUCUCAUCAUUUCAUAUUGGUCCUCAGUCUUAUAGAUGAUACUGCCCUGCUGAGGUAAUGACAAAACUUAGAAAUGAGCCUGUUCAAAUCUGAGAACAGAAGGUACCCGGGAUAGUUAUGUCCUUGGACUUCAGGUUUCAAGGAGCAUCUCUGGGUUUCCUCAAAGUGCCUUGCAGUCCUGGGGCUCUAAAUGUCAAGUCAUUCUGGCUGCACCAGGAGGGGCUACCUGUAGCCUUGUAUUUUCUACUGGAAAAUAUUUGGAAUAUUUUCUUUAUAUUCUGCUGAUUUAUAUUCAUGUUUUUCUAUAAAUGAAAAUAAAAGAGACUAGAGAUGUUC